AAUUUUAUUACCUUUCCUUUACAAUCCCAAGUUGAUCGGUCCAGGGUUCGAGCUCCGACUCCGAGGGCUACACACAGGCCUACACUUGAGUGCAGGGUGUUGGGUAAGGGUAAGGUAGUAAAAUGGAGGAGAAAGGAAAGGGAAGCGAGAGAUGGAGCGGAGCCAUCACCAAUCUGACGGAGAUGUCUUCCAAUUUGGAUUCACUCCAAAAGUUGCUCCUCAAGAAAGCCGUUUUUGUCGACGAAGACACUUUUGCCAGAGCCUCUCUUGCUGCUGAACAAUCCCGCACCAUUAAGGUUCUUCAGCAGAGAGUGGAGACAUUGGAAAGAGAACUUGAUGCUGCCAUCACUGCUGCUGCUCAUGCCCGUUCCGAAAAGCGGCAAGCUGAAGCAGCACAGAAAGCGGCUGAAUUACAUGCACAAGAGAUUACAAAAGAGCUUGAGAACACCACAA